AUUCUAUGCCGUGAACCCACCUCCCCUUCCCCCCAACCCGCCGCUCUCCUACGUUUCUCCUUCCCAUUACCUUUUUCCUGGUCGGCAGUCGUUCAGAACAGAGCCAGCCACAGGACGCAACAGACAUGGGCCGCCUUACUUCUUGUUGGGAAGCCUUCGUGGUACUUCUGUUCGUAUCGACAACGUUCGCAGGUACAGUGGUAUUCCCGGACGUUGAGUCCUGCACGCUGCACACGGGAGAGCAGGGCCGCUGUUUGCCGCUGCCACAGUGCCCGCCAGUAUUGGAGACGAUUAGGGAAAGGCAUCCUGUCUCGUGUGGCUUCGAGGGUUUUACUCAAAUCGUGUGUUGUCCGAAGGGUGAAGACACCACACCAAGGGAAAAAAUAGUGGACAUUUCCCCUCCUCAAGGAUACGACGCACUGGACUGCGGGAAAAGUGCGGUUAAGGUCAUCCAGGGUUUCGGACCAGGUUUCGGGCUACCAGCCAGUACCGUCUCCUUGAUACGCAGUAGGCGAGCUAACGUUCCUCUGGGGUCACUGGCGGAUAAGGCUCAUGUAACUGUUCCACCCCCAGUGGUUGGGGGUCAGAUCUCAGAAAGAUCCGCUUGGCCAUGGAUGGCAUUAAUUGGGGAGAGAGACCCAGCUGGUAUCAAUUGGUUCUGCGGCGGGGCGCUAAUUAAUGAAUACUGGGUCCUCACGGCGCUCCACUGCUUCCACAACAAAAAGGCCGAUGUGGUGCGUCUUGGAGAGCACGACUAUAGCACAGACAGUGAUGGGGCUAACCCCAUAGACAUUCCAGUGGCGGAGCGGGUACUGUAUCCAGACUACAUAUAUCCACAUGGGUACCAUGACCUGGCCCUGCUCAAGCUGGAAAGCAAAGUUACACUUCAGACAUUCAUCUCACCAGUGUGUCUGCCUUGGGGCAGCAAGAGCGAGGAGAAUAUCGUGAACAGCCAAGCAACAGUCACUGGUUGGGGAUUCACCUUAUUCGGAGGGUUCCCAAGCCCCGAGCUGAUGGAGGUGGACAUCCAGGUGUUCCCUUCCUCCAGAUGUAACAGCAGCUACUCCUCCCUCCUUCAUUUCCCAGACACAUGGCCACGCGGCAUCGGGGAGGAAACCCUGUGUGCCGGCGAUGACGAAGGCGGCAAAGACUCCUGCCAGGGAGACUCUGGUGGACCUCUGGUCACUCGGGAUAGCCGGGGGCGCUACGUAGCGGCUGGCAUCGUGUCGCAAGGCCACGGGUGUGGCCACAAGGACUACCCCGGACUGUAUGCCAACCUGCGCUACCCAGCCUACCUUGCUUGGAUCAAGAAAGUGGCUUUCGGACCUCAGUGAGCUGUUACUUUUGACGGCAAUAAUGCUGUGGUAGGUCAGGGGGUCAAGAUGGGUGAGAGAAACCAUUUUUUCCAGUCUUUAUUAACAGCUAAGCAUAAUGUCCUGCAAAAAAAAUGUUGCGAAUAUAAGUAGUAUUCUCCAUCAUAGAUAACUGUAGAUAUCUAAACUGUAAACGAACAAUCUAUGAAUUAUUCCAACUUUAAUAUUUCGUUUGAAGGACUGAUGAAUCUUUUCUGCUCUACACACUUCAGUUAGAAAAAAGUGAAUGGUGUCUUCAAAGCAUGUUUCUCACAAGAUCUCCUUCGCCAGUCAUCUCCUACCACCACGGCCGAUCCUCACGCGUCCAUUGUGAAGCUUAGCUAGCAGCUCACACAUCUUGUUUAUCCAGUAGCAAGUCAGAGCAUAAUGUUAGCGCGACAGGGUAAACUUCUAAAGCAGACCGCCAACUUUACACAUGGCCUCUUGUAUGAGAGACCUUGGCGGCGCCCUAUAAUUAAUGCAAAGUCAGAGAGGAAACUUGUGUACGUAUACAUUCUGUUGUUGAAAUAAAAUCAAUAAAAAGGUUGCAAGAAAA